AUGAAGUUGCUCACUCUAUUUGCCAUUGUUUUGGCAAGCAACACCGCCAAUUGUCAAAACAAGGACCAUAGUCUCACAAUCCAAACAGGCACUGGCACCUUUACCGGGCUAAUUGAUCCCAUAUUUCCCCGCACUCGACAAUGGCGCUCCAUUCCUUUUGCUGAACCGCCUGUCUCAUCUCUUCGCUGGCUUCCACCACAAAAGUUGAUACCCAAUGUGAAACGACAUCGAUACUCUACCAAGUUUCCGCCUUCAUGCCCCCAAUUUGUAUCUGGUGUUGAGUCGUACUGGAACACACCUUUGACCAAAGGUAAUCUGAUUUACAACGGCGCUCAGAAUGAUACCUCAGGUCUUGUGGGCGAAGCCACAUCCGAAGAUUGUCUUCAUCUGGCUAUCUGGAGCCCUACCAAUGAGCCACCUGAAGGAGGCUUUCCUGUGGCAUUCUUCAUGACUGGUGGCGGUUUCGUUCAGGGUGGUGUUGAUCUCCCCUGGCAGAAUCCUGAGUCUUGGGUAGAGCGAUCUCAGUCGCACAUUGUUGUCAGUAUCAACUAUCGUGUUGGGAUUUUCGGCUUUCCCAAUGCCCGCGGGCUUGUCGACGGUGAACAGAAUUUGGGAAUUCUUGACCAGCGCGCUGCUCUCGAGUGGGUUCACGAGAACAUAGCUGCUUUUGGAGGAAACCCUGAGCGCAUCACAAAUUGGGGUAGGUCGGCGGGCGGCAUGAGCGCUGACAUACAUGCCUUUGCUUGGCACGAAAAUCCUAUUGCCCAGGCAUACUACGCGGAGUCUGGUGUCGUUAUGAGUAUCAACACAGUACUCCAAGUGAAAGACUUGACGUAUUCCAACUUUAGCUUCGUUGCUCGGCAUGUUGGAUGCGAUUCUCCUUGUGGCACUGAUUGUGAGGAUGAAGAUGGUCUGGCAGAGCUCGACUGUAUGCGCCAGGUCUCCAUGGCUCAAAUUGUGAACUUUGUUGGUCAAUAUGGAGACAGAGGGGAAACCCCACCGUUAACCUUCAGUCUGAUCGUCGACGAUCGGAUAUAUUUCUCCGACUAUCAUGCGCGAGCCGAAGCAGGCAAGAUUGCACGCAGACCAAUUCUGAUUUCCAUGACAUCAAAUGAGUUCUCGAGCUUGACGCCCUGGCCGCAUGAGAACCUCACGAAAGGCCCAGACCAAGAUGCUGUCGACGCAGCUACGAUCCCAUUUGCUGUGUGUUCGGUGUUGAACACGACAACCUACAGAAACAGGCUGGACAUACCCGUCUUUAGGUUUCAGUAUGCAGCUGAGUUUCCGAAUUUGAACAAGUACAAAUGGUUAGGCGCAUAUCAUAACGCUGAGACCCCGAUCAUCUUCGGAACAUACGGGCUUUUGGAUCAUGUUGCAAACACGACACAGUACCAAGUAGACGUAAGUCGUUCAAUGCAAGACCAUAUCCUUGCUUUCUUCAAGGAUCCGUACAAUGGACCGCAGAAGUUAGGAUGGGAAUCUAUGAUUACUAGCGAAGAGGAUGGCGGGUUUCUAUUGAGAUUUGGGGGCUCUAGCGGGAGGGUGGUUGAAGGCAUCCAUGGUGUGGAUGUUGAUGGAGUCUGCUCGGGAGUCCGUGACUAUGUGCCUUUUCCCUGA